CGAAAGUCGUUAAUCAUUAGAAACAAAAUAAAACAUUGAUUCUCUCGUGCAGUUCAUUUUCAUUCCUUUGGUCGUUGCGGGUCUAGAUACAUACAGAGAGAGGCAGGGAAAGAGAGACAUGGCUCUCUGCCUCUGAUAUCCCCAAAAUUUAUUCUCUGUUUGGCCUUUUGAUUCGUAUUCGUUCUUCAAUGUAAGAAGCUCUUUGUUGGUUUCCAAUUUCAAUCCUCUCCCAAUAACUUUCAGAUAUGGAUGCAAAUUUAAAUUCUAAUGAGUCCUUAUUGGCUCGCAUCCAACAACUAGAGCAUGAGCGCGAUGAAUUACAUAAAGACAUAGAGCAAUUAUGCAUGCAGCAAGCUGGACCUAGCUACCUUAUGGUGGCUACUAAAAUGCAUUUUCAGAGGACAGCUGGCUUGGAGCAGGAGAUUGAGAACUUGAAAAAGAAGUUAUCUGCUUGCACAAGAGAAAAUAUAAAUCUUCAAGAGGAGCUUUCAGAGGCUUACCGAAUCAAGUCUCAACUGGCAGAUCUACAUCAUGCAGAGGUUACAAAGAAUAUGGAGGCAGAGAAGCAGGUUAAAUUUUUUCAAGGCUGUGUAGCUUCUGCUUUUGCUGAACGUGAUCAUUCAAUAAUGGAGGCUGAGAAGGCUAAAGAGAAGGAAGAGCUCAUGUCCCAAAAAUUUAAUGAAAUUGAGAAAAGGUUAGAAGAGCUAACCUCAGAUUGUCUCGAGCAGAAGAGGCUGAAUGAUGCACUGCAGAGUGAUCUAGCAAAGCAAAAAGAGCUGAAUGAAACUUUCAAGAAGGUUGUCAAAAAAUUUUAUGAAAUCAGGCAGCAUUCUCUUAAAGGAUUUGAAGAUGCUAGCUGGGGGGACAAAUGCACAUUGCUAUUACAGGACUCAGCAGAAAUGUGGAGUUUUAAUGAUGCCUCUACCUCUCAAUACAUUAGUGCAUUAGAAGAGGAGCUGGAGAAAGUGAGGAAGUCUGUGGAUAACCUGCGAAGCAAACUACGAGUGGGUUUGGAAAUAGAAAAUCACUUAAAGAAGAGAGUUUAUGAACUGGAAAAGCAGCAGACUUGUUUGGACAAAGUGAUAAUGAAUGAGAUAGCAGGGUUACGCCAUUACUAUUCUCAGCACAGAGUUCACAUCAUGGAUUUACUGAAUGAGGGAAAAUUGGAUAUCAAAUCAACUAUUAAUAAGAUUGAAGAAAAAAUUGAACAAAUCGAUGUGAGCAGAGAGCGGAAUUUGGGGCCUUCUCAUAGAAUUGUAGAUCUUGAUGAAAAUGAAUGUCGGGAUGUACACAUAAGUAAUGAUAUUGACCCAGAUUUGGCAUCUAAGGAAGCUAAACAUGGCCAGCUUGAUACUGUCAUUGACAAAGAAGGCAAUUCCUCUGAAGCCCUUGCACAGGCAAUGCAAGAGAAGGUUGCAGCAUUGCUGCUCUUGUCGCAGCAGGAAGAAAGACAUUUACUGGAGAGAAAUGUCAAUGCAGCUCUUCAGACAAAACUGGAGGAGCUUCAAAGAAACUUACUGCAAGUUACCAAUGAAAAGGUUAAAGCUCUCAUGGACUUGGCACAAUUGAAGCAGCAAUAUCAACAAUUGCAAGAGACAGUAGGUCAAAGGAUAGAAGGAAAUAUGUUGAUUGACAGUGGGGAGAAAAGGCUUUUUGCUCAUGAAAAAGAUGGAAGGUUGAGAAACCUGCUGAAAAGGACAUAUCUGAGACGUUGGAUUGGUACGGUGGAGGGCGGACAUGAAGAAAUAACUAACCUAAAUAGUGAAAGGAAUUUCUCCAGCAGAAGGUCUAAUAGCAUAGAUUUUGCCAGGAUGAAGAUUGAAAAUGCCACCUUCAAAGAGAUCAUUGAUAGCAUCGAGCAUCUGACUACCACAAUCCAUAGACUUCGUAUUUCACUUCUAAAGGUCAAAGAAUCAGUUGGUUGUGAAAGUGCCCUUGGCUCGGGAGAAGCCCUUGGAGAUAUAAUUUCGGAGACUAAGCUUUUGAAGACUGCCCUCAGCAGCACCUUACCAGUUAGUUGGUCAGCUGAGGCAGAUGAUUCAUUAAUUGGUGAAAGCAACCACAAUGAUCCUGGUGAUUUUCGUGGAGACUCUAGCAGCGAUAAAGUGGAUCCUGUUUCUGCUGCAGGACUUGAGAUGGUGGAGCUCCUGAUACUUGCAGCUCAGAUGCUGAAAGACAAUUCAACGAGAGAAGAUUUCCGAGAUGAAAGCUAAUUUGAUCUCAGUUUGCUUUGUCUCAGUUCCAUGUGGCAGGUACAUCUGAUAGAUUGAGGGCUAAAAAAAACCUGCUAAAAUUGGAAAUUUUCGAAGCAUAUAAAAUGAAAAUUUAUGCAGCAUGAGAAGAAUAUGUCACUCUUUUGUGCAUUAUAGGAAGUGCAAAAUGUAAUGUAGUAUCUUGUGAUAAUACAUUAUAAAACUCCGAUCGUGUCUGGAUUGCGGUGAGGGUUAUGGUUGUGGAGUUCAAUCUGUAUAUAUGGUUAAGAUGCUUUGCGUGCUGUAUAGUGAUAAUGUAAUAUCAAAGGAAUUGAAGAUUAUUUCAGUGACACAAGUUGAAUGAAGAUUAUUUAUUAGUUUCUGCGUUA